AUGUUAUUAAAAAAUUAUAUCAUGGAUCAAAAAAUUAAGUUACUUUUUUUUAUUAAAAUUUCUUCGUUUAUCCUUAUAUCUUGGAUAUGGAAUUUAAGAAAUGAGAUGAGUAUAUCUAAAAAGUCCUUGAGUAUGAAAUGCAACCCUGGAAAAAAAUUAGAUGCAGUAGAAUACAGGAUAUUAACAAAAUAUAAAAAGGAUAAGGAUUCAUGUGAUGUAUGUUUAAAAGAAUAUAUACCAAAUUGUGGAUCGAACGAAAAUAAAGAUAUAUCUAUUAAUGAAAAAUGGCCCAAAACUAAAAAUAAACUUUCAAAUAUAGAUUCAUCAAAGAGUGCAAAAGACCAUAAACAAAUUAUGAAAUAUAAGUCUUGUAUAUUUGAAUCAAAAAAAUAUUCCCAUAUGGAAAAAAAAAUAUUCAAAGAACUUGAUUUUGAAUAUUUUCUUAAAAACAAUAGAACAAUUAGUGAUAAGACUUACAAAAAAAUAAUACUUAAAAAAUACGGACUAAGAUUUGCUUUUCCUUUACUAUUAUUUUUGUUAUUAUUCUUAUCACUAAUGCUAGAUUCAUUUAUGAAUCUUGGACUUAUGAGAGGGAUGUAUAGUAUAUUGAAUCUAUGCGCUGGUGGAGGUUGGUCCGCUCCACUGCGUAAAGUGCUUAGUGAUGAACGUUUUAAAUGGCUUUUCGAGUCUAUGGAAAAAGUAACAAUAGAAAAACAAGGAAGUCAAAAAAUAGUAACACAUGUUUACAUUCCGAGCUUUUUUAGAUUGAUAAUAUAUGUUAUACCUUUAAUUAUUUUUGGUGUUACACUUAUAUCACGCACUAUUUAUUACCACAAAAAAGUGAAAAAAUAUGAAAAAAUUAAAUUUAAGAAAAGGUAA